GGAGCCGCCUCCCGGCCGCUUCUCCUCCUGCUGGAUGACAACUUCUAUUACCAGAGCAUGCGCUACGAGGUGUACCAGCUGGCCCGCAAAUAUUCCUUGGGCUUCUGCCAGUUAUUUUUAGAGUGUCCACUGGAAUGCUGCCUGCAGAGGAAUCGCCUCAGAAGUGAUCCUGUGUCUGAGCAGACAAUACAAUUAAUGGCAAGGAAAACAGAAAUGCCAGAUCUCAGGAAAAACGCUUGGGAGCAGCACAGCCUCAUUCUGAGUAGUUCUGAUUGCAUCUCAGAGGACAAUGAGCAGAUCAUGAACUUGCUGACCACUGCUUUGGAAAAUCCAGAGAGGCCAAACGAGGAGGACACAGAGCAAAAGGAGGCAGCUCGAGCCAUCUGUGCAGCCAGUACUGUCCAUCAGGCUGACCAGGCAUGCAGGAGAAUCAUCUCUCAGGCAAUGCAGGAUGCCAAAGGUAAAAACGUUCUCCCAAGUGAGAUGAAGAGCUUGGCAGAGGAACUCAACAAACUGAAAGCAGAAUUUUUGGAAGACUUGAGGCAAGGAAAGACUUUGAAAACCCAAUAUUCUGACCCUGCUACAAGUGUUAUUUCUUCAUUCCAACAUGAGGCAACCAGUCUAGUAAAUAAAUAUAUUUUAAAAUAAUGACAUAGAGAAUGUUGGGUGUUUAGAAGUCCAAAGUAUUUCAAAUGCAGUACUCUGAGCACUGCUGCUGAGAGAUCUGAGGUACAUCUCCCUCCUCUGGAGCUCCUAUGCCUCUUCUCCCCAGGACAUGGAAGAGAAACAGUUUAAUCAAGAGCAAACCAUCCUGAGAUUUAAAUUUCACAGAAUCAGAGAGUUAACCCAGGACAAGCACUUGGGAAAUCACCAGCUCCACCUAUGGAAGGACAUGCAAUUAAGAAUUGACAUGAGACCUAAUUAGAAAGUGUUAUUUUAUUCAUAUCUUACAAAAGCAAAGCUUCACAACAUGAACUACACGAGAUGGAGUUAUUUCAGAAUUAACCUUGUCAUCUCAAAAACGUUCACUAACAUUAAAAUUUAUUUUACAACUCUUAACAGGUUUCAUUUUUGCAUAAAGUAUGCUCUUUACAGUGAAAUAGAUAUUAUUAACAAAGUAGGUACUUAGAAGAACAUACACAAAGAUUGCUCAAUGAAAAUGCUUUAGCAGGAGAGAGAUUUCCUGCAGCAGAACAUCCAUUUGCUCUAGAUUUUCAAAGAUGCUUAAAAUUAGUAGAAAACUUGCCAGUGAAGACUUCUAAAUUACAUUCCCUUUGUCAAAAAGAAACAAAAAGCAAACCCCCAAAACAUUCUGGAACAAAAAAAACAGUAACAGAUUAUUUAGUUGGAAAACACUGCUGGAAAGUGUCUCCCAGCACUGAGCUUUAUAUUAAAAUGCCAAUCAACAUUUUAUGUCUAAAUCCUCUUCAUCUAAAAAUGUGUCUGUGAAAAAACAACUAUGUUUUCUAUUGCCUCCCUCACAGUUUAAGUAUUAACUGAGAUAAUGAAGAUGUUCAAAUAUUCAAAUAUCCAUUGGAAUAUUCAGUCUCAAAACAGUAAAUGUGUAUUAAGAGUCCUAUAAAUAGUGCACGUUAGAAUGUCCACAAAACUAUGAAAUAAGCUAUGACAAUAAAAACAAAACCCCCACAAAGUUCAUGUUUUGCAACUACAAAACUUAACAAAACCGAGCUAUGGAAAAAUUCCAUCUCCUUCCCAAACUUCCAUUAAUAACAGUUAAAAUGCUAAUCACCUAUUACCUUAGAAUAUAAGGAUUUUGGGUUAAAAAAAACCAAACCAAACAAA